AUGAUACGGCUCUGUGAAAGCUGGCUGGUUUAUCUGUUGGGAAUGCAGCUUGUUUUGGCUCAGCUGGGUAAACUUGACCAUGCUGCUGAAGAUGAUGUUGAUUUAGAAGACAAGAUAAAUGGAAGAAAUAAACCAAUCACCUCUAAUGUCAUCCCCAAAAACAAUGAUGACUGUAACUUGGAACUGGGUUUUUUGAUGGACAGUUCAGAAAGCGCCAAAGACAACCAUGCUCAAGAGAAACAUUUUGUUGCUGAUCUCGUUAGCAGGAUACGAAACAUCCAUCUCCAAACUGGACAGGGCUUGAAAUUCAGAACUGCUCUCCUUCAGUACAGCAGUCAUGUGAUCAUCGAACAGUCCUUCAAAGAUUGGAGGGGCGUCCCCACCUUCCAGGACCACAUCGGGCCCAUGCCUUACAUAGGGCACGGUACCUACACCACCUAUGCCAUCACCAACCUCACACGCAUCUAUCUGGAGGAGUCUGGCCCUGACAGCGUGAAGGUGGCCAUUCUGCUGUUUGACGGCGAGUCGCAUCCCAAGAAUCCUAAUAUCUUCUCCGCUUUAGCUGAUGCUAAGAACCAAGGGAUUCAGUUCUUCACAGUGGGUUUCACAUCCGCUGCCAAUGUGGAACAGCUGCGGCUCCUGGCCAGUCCCCCGGAUGUCCGCUAUGUACACAGCCAACAGGACAAAGGUGUCGUAGACAAGAUCGUCAAAGAGAUUACUGAGCUGGCUAAUGAAGUGUGCCCCCUUUCCCCAAAAUGCGCUUGUGGGAAAGGAGAGCGAGGACCCAGCGGACCACCUGGUAAAAAGGGUCGUACUGGAGAAGACGGAAGUCCAAGACCUAAAGGGCACAAGGGAGAGAGCGGAUUUAGCGGUCCUCCUGGACGAGACGGGACAGAGGGGAAACCUGGAUACAAAGGAGAAAAGGCUGAGCGAGGGGAGUGUGGGACACCAGGAGUCAAAGGAGACCGAGGUCCGGAGGGUCCUGUUGGUAACAGAGGAAGCAGAUCUCUGCAGGGUUUGCCUGGACCUAAUGGAGACAUUGGCCCUGAGGGCCCACCAGGCAAAAAAGGCGAGAGAGGUUUUCCCGGACCGCCAGGAUUAAAGGGCGAGACUGGCUUUGGGUUUCCUGGACCAAAGGGAGAUGUGGGGUUUCAGGGCAGAAUGGGUCCUCCCGGGCCACCUGGGCUUGGCGUGCCGGGCCAGCCGGGGGCACAGGGGCCGCAGGGUUUGCCAGGAGAGAAGGGCCCUCCAGGAGAGGGUUUACCAGGACCAAAGGGUGAGAGGGGUCUGGAGGGUCAGAGAGGACCCAGAGGACCAGUAGGUCCUGGCAUUAGAGGAGACAAGGGUGAUAUUGGUCCUCCCGGUCUUCAAGGACCAGUGGGGCUUCCUGGGGGGAUCCAAGGAGAGAAGGGUGUGGAAGGACCACGUGGACCCCCGGGAAGCAGAGGCCCACCGGGUGAGGGCUACCCUGGACCAAAGGGUGAUCAAGGUUUAGCAGGUGAGAUCGGUGCACCAGGAGAGAGAGGAGCAGGAGAACCAGGAGCUAAAGGGGAACCUGGUGCUCCAGGGUUAUCAGGAUUACCAGGUGUACCAGGAGAGGAUGGCGCUUCAGGACAGAAAGGAGAAACUGGAGCCCCUGGGUUGAGGGGCCCUGAAGGAACAGCAGGAGUGGGCAUCCAGGGUGAAAAAGGUGAUCAGGGUCAGCGGGGAAUCCGUGGGUCACCAGGGCCACCAGGAAUAGCCGGACCCUCGGGGUCAAAGGGACAGCCUGGCACCCCUGGGAGAAUGGGAUUACCUGGACUACCGGGACGUGCUUUAACAGGCCCAAGAGGUGACGUGGGCCUGCCAGGUCCAUCUGGUCCAAUAGGAGAGACGGGAUAUGGACCUCCUGGACCAAAGGUUAAUUUAUUCUUAAUUAUUGUUAAUACUCUAAUUAAAGGGGAUGGCUAUCCUGGUCCCUCAGGGCCUCCUGGUCUUCCUGGUCUUUCAGGAGAACCUGGUCCAGAGGGCAUAGGGAUACCUGGACCAAAGGGUGAUAUUGGAUUUAGAGGUUUACCGGGCCCACCUGGACCUCCAGGGGAAGGACUACAAGGACCACCUGGAAACAUGGGAAGACCAGGACCUCCUGGACCAACUGGGCCGCCAGGACAAGGCCUACAGGGACCAAAGGGUGAUCAGGGGUCACAGGGGGUGAGUGGGCCAAGAGGACCUCCUGGAGAAGGAAUGACCGGGUCAAAGGGGGAUCGUGGAGGUCAGGGUGAGAGUGGGAUGAAGGGGGUUAAAGGUAAUCUGGGAGAUCCUGGCAUUCCUGGACAAACAGGUAAACCAGGAAUCAAAGGAGAAUCUGGACUAACAAGGGAAGAGAUAAUCCGAAUGAUCUGGGAGAUUUGUGGCUGUGGAGUCAAGUGUAAGGAGCGUCCCAUGGAGCUGGUGUUUGUGAUUGACAGCUCUGAAAGUGUCGGGCCUGAUAACUUUGAGAUCAUCAAAGACUUUGUGGCAGCAUUAGUUGACAGACUUACCGUGGGGCAUAAUGCCACCCGAGUCGGUCUCGUUCUGUACAGCUUAGAGGUCAAGCUUGAGUUCAACCUCGCUCGCUACAUGACCAAACAAGAGGUCAAACAAGCGAUACACGGGCUUCACUACAUCGGCGAGGGCACAUACACUGGCUCUGCCAUCCACAAAGCAACUCAGGAAGCGUUUUACAGUGCAAGGACUGGCGUGAGGAAGGUUGCCAUUGUCAUCACAGAUGGACAAACAGAUAAACGGGAGCCUGUGAAGCUGGAAAUUGCAGUCAGGAAGGCGCAUGCAGCCAACAUUGAGAUGUAUGCUCUGGGGAUUGUUAACGUUAGUUAUCCAACACAGGAAGAGUUUUUCCAGGAGCUCAAUCUCAUUGCGUCGGAGCCUGACAGUGAGCACAUGUUCUACAUAGAUGACUUCAACACCUUGCCAGCUCUGGAGUCCAAACUGGUCAAUCAGAUCUGUGAGGAUGAAAACGGAGCACUUAUCUUCAGUCGCAUUAAUGGUUUUGAAAACGGAUAUGGUAUUAAUGGCAACCGCGUCAACGGUAACGGCAGAUACAGUUAUGGCACCAGUGUAAAUGAAGUCCACAGAGAGAACACAGGAACACACUCAGGGAUGAACACUGUCACUCAUGAGACUGGGAGAGGAGACACGUUUGCUCCAUCAGCAGCUCCAGACAUUAAUGAGGUUAAACGUGUACCUGAGACACCAGACACAAACCCUUCAGAGCAGAGCAGUGGUAGAGGAGAUACUCCAACGGUCACUUGGACAUCCACCCACCUUAUACCAGCACCACGACCACCAUUACCUAAAGAAGUUGUAUCUCUGGACCACUGUGAGCUGCUCCUGGAUCAGGGCCCUUGUCGGGACUAUAACAUCCGCUGGUACUACGACCCGCGGGCCAACUCUUGCGCUCAGUUCUGGUACGGAGGCUGUGAUGGGAACCAGAACCGCUUUGACACAGAAGAAGAGUGCAAAAAGACAUGUGUUGUUGUGAGAGCAGGACUGUGA